UCCUCUCUGCGCACAAAAGAAGAAAGAGGAGAGAGAGAGAAGGAUGGAGAGCGGCUUAAGAUUUAGAAGAAGCGAGCGGAGGUUGCGAAGGGCGACUGAGGGGGAGACUUUUGGGUGUUCGUAGAGAUUUUGGGAGCUAUUUCUCAGAAUUGGGACUUUUUUUUUUGGCUUCUGAUCUCGAACGAUUUGGGUUGGGAGGCGUUCGGGGCUUCGAUUUAGGGUUUAUGAUGGUUUGUCUUGGUUGGAUCGGUGGUGGAUGAGGGAAUUGCUGAAGCGCGGUGGAUGCUGGUGAGCUCGGUUGGGUUGGAUGGCGUCGUCGGAGGUGUCGGUGAAGGGGAGUAGUCAAGGACGAGGGGAUACCGUGUCCUCGGGAUGUAGCGAGCUGCACGACGGCGCGCCGGUGAGGGGAAGCGACACCGAGGGGAGCCUUGGGCUUUCCGGCGGCGCGGUCGGCGGGAAAGAUUCGGUGGAUGCGUUGUAUACGGAGCUAUGGCACGCUUGCGCAGGCCCGCUGGUGACGAUUCCCAGAGUGGGGGAGAGGGUCUUCUACUUCCCACAGGGUCAUAUGGAGCAGGUAGAAGCUUCAACAAAUCAGGUAGCGGACCAGCAGAUGCCUGUCUACAAUCUCCCGUGGAAGAUCCUCUGCCGGGUGAUGAACGUCCAUCUGAAGGCCGAACCAGACACCGAUGAGGUAUUUGCUCAGAUCACUUUGCUCCCUGAUUCAAAGGAUGAGAACACCGUGGAGAAGGACACGCUUCAGCCUCCACCUCCACGGCCUCAUGUGUAUUCCUUCUGCAAGACGCUGACCGCGUCAGACACCAGCACCCACGGUGGGUUCUCAGUGCUAAGACGGCAUGCUGAUGAGUGCCUACCUCCGCUGGAUAUGAGCCAGCAGCCGCCAAGUCAGGAGCUUGUGGCGAAGGACUUGCAUGGAGUUGAAUGGCGCUUCCGCCACAUCUUUCGUGGUCAACCGCGAAGACACCUGCUUCAAAGUGGAUGGAGUGUCUUUGUUAGUUCUAAAAGGCUUGUUGCUGGGGAUGCUUUUAUCUUUCUAAGAGGGGACAAUGGCGAACUACGUGUAGGCGUGAGACGAGCUAUGAGACAGCAGACAAAUGUUCCAUCUUCAGUUAUAUCCAGUCACAGUAUGCACCUGGGUGUCCUUGCUACAGCAUGGCAUGCUGUCAACACUGGAACCAUGUUUACUGUUUACUACAAACCACGGACUUGUCCAACUGAAUUCAUUGUUCCUUUUGAUCAAUAUGUUGAUUCAAUAAAAAACAACCAUUCUAUAGGAAUGAGGUUCAAAAUGAGAUUUGAAGGUGAAGAAGCCCCAGAACAGAGGUUCACUGGCACCAUUGUUGGCAUUGGAGAUUCUGAACCAAGCAGGUGGCCUGGAUCGAAAUGGAGAUGCCUGAAGGUACGUUGGGAUGAGGCCUCUUCAAUUCCUCGUCCAGAUAGGGUGUCCCCAUGGAAAAUUGAACCUGCUCAGUUGCCUCUGCCUCCUAACCCUAUUCCUAUGCCUAGGCCAAAAAGGCCUCGAACAACUGCCUUUCCUUCUUCCCCGGAUUCAUCUGUUCUUACAAAAGAAGCCUCUUCUAAAGUCUCUAUGGACCCUUCCCAAUCACAUGGAGUCCCAAGGGUAUUGCAAGGUCAAGACAUGGCAACAUUGAGAAGUACUUUUAGCAACGAGGCAGAUACUGCUCAGAAGCCAAUCAUGUGGUUGACACAUGACGAAGAGAAAAAUGAUGUUUCUGCUCAGAGAAGAUUGGGAUCUGAGAGCUGGAUGCACAUAAAGAGGCAGGAACCUAUGUACACUGACAUGUUAUCAGGAUUUCAGCCUUCUGGUGAUUCAAGUGGGUUUCACUCACCAUUUCUUGAGCAGGCCUCAGGUGAUAAAUUUUUUUUAAAGCCUCAUUUCCGGGAUCAAGAGGCCAAACAUAACUGUUCUCCUGGCUUAUGGUCUUUGAUGCCUUCAAAUUCAAAUUUAAAUUUGGGUGAAUGCAACUUGAAAAUGACUGCACAUGUUGGUGAGCUAUCCUUUCAGAAAGUUGGAAGUUGCAUAUAUGGAAUGCAGGGAGGCCAGUCGGAACUGAAGGGCUUAGGAGGUGAUCAACAGUCAUCAGAUUGGUUAGGAUGUUCGCUUCCCGAUUCUCAAACCGAUAACAUGCCACAACACAGGGUCAUCACACUUCAGCCCCUGGUACCGUCCCAAAAUGAUGUGGCAAAGUACAAAGCAAAUAAUAGUGGUUGCAAGCUAUUUGGGUUUCAUCUAAACAGCAAACCUGUGGCAUCUGAAUCAGUUGUACGACAGAGCAACUCUGCAGAAAUUCUGAUGCCACAUAGCCAUCUAGCUGCAGCAUUGCCCCAACCGCAAGGUCUAGAGGCUGCCAAGCAUUCUGAGUCAUGCAUAGCUGCAAAGUUGGUCUCCGCCACACUGACAAAUGGUGAUACAGAGAAACUUAUUCAGGUUUGUCCACAGGCUUCUAAGGAUGUUCAGAACAAAAUGCAAGGUGGUUCAACCAGGAGUUGCACCAAGGUGCAUAAGCAAGGUAUUGCUCUUGGCAGAUCUGUUGAUCUUACCAAGUUCAAUGGUUAUGAUGAACUGAUUGCUGAGCUAGAUCAAAUGUUUGAAUUUGAGGGUGCAUUAAUAGCUCCCAACAAAAUUUGGCUUGUCGUAUACACUGACAAUGAAGGUGAUAUGAUGCUUGUUGGAGAUGAUCCCUGGAAUGAAUUCUGUAACAUGGUUCGUAAGAUUUACAUCUACACUCGAGAGGAGGUCCAAAGAAUGAAUCCAGGAACACUAAAUUCUAGAGUUGAAGAGUCUCCAGCUGUUUCUGAAGAAAGGAUAUCUGGCAAAGAAACAAAGCGCCCUGUGCCUACUGCUAAUUCUGAGAAUUCUGAGGGUUGUCCUGGAGUUGAUGCGGCCUUUUGAAGAUGCUAGCUAAGCAACGAACUUAACACUGAAGUAGCUUUUUGUGGUGGGUCCAACAUAUGAGAUACUUGAAACUCUUGUUGGUAAAGCCCCCGGCCUUGUCCACCUUGCUCGCUCAUGCUUCUUCCCCUAGCCAGGGGCAUGGAACCUUUCUUAUUCCUACAGUUUUGCUGGUAUUGUAAUUUUUUUUUUCCUUACAAAAUCGCUUGUGAUAUAUAUACCGAAUAGGUAAAGUCGUCUUAAUCUUUUGCACCUAUGAUGUAAAUAGCUUCUCAGUUUUAUUAUAGUAAGUAUAAUGCACAUCCCCCAUCCUUGUGCCUCUU